CCGCUGCGGGCCGCCCCCUGCGCGGCGCCGCCCCCGGGGGCCGAGGGCCGCAGGCGGCGGUGCUGCCACCUCGAGCAGCACAAAGUGCAGCGGCUGUCGUCCCGCCACUGCCCUCGCAGCGGAUAGCCACGGCCAGAGCGAGCGCAGCGGGGGUGUGUGGCGGCUGCCUGCCUGCCAGCGGGGCUGCUGCCGUGGGCGGGCACGGCGUGAACGCCGGGCACUCGGCUGCCGGGGAAAGCUAGGCUGAAGAACAAUGGCUUCCUUCAGCAACCUGACUAUUGGUAUUACUGUUGCCAGCUUUACUGUGUUUCAGCUCCUGUUCCACGUUGUUAGCUCUUGGGUGUCAGCACGAAUAACACCUGGUUUUAACAACCUCAGCCAAAAAAGGAAGAUUGAAUGGAACUCAAGGACAGUGUCCACAUUCCAUGCCUUGGUAGUUGGCGGGUUCUGCCUCUACAUUUUGUUGUACGAUGACGCUGUCAACGCUGACCGACUCUGGGGUGACCCUUCAACUGUGAAACUCAACAUCGCGAUUACCACAGGCUACCUCAUUUCUGAUUUGUUGCUUAUUAUUUACUACUGGAAGGCAAUUGGUGACAAAUUCUUCAUACUCCAUCACUUGGCAGCUCUGUAUGCUUACUAUUUUGUACUGAGCAGAGGUCUGUUGGCUUACUUUGGGAACUUCCGUCUGCUGGCAGAGUUCUCGACUCCUUUUGUCAAUCAGCGGUGGUUUUUUGAAGUACUGGGAUAUCCCAAAUCUUCAAAGGCCAACAUCAUCAAUGGUGUGCUGAUGACAGUUGUGUUCUUCGUGGUGAGGAUUGCCGUCAUGCCUGUAUAUUACAGCCAUGUCAUUUCUUCAUUUGGAACAGAGGCUUUCCUGAGAUUAGGAUUUGCAGCCCAGAGCGCCUGGAUCAUCUCCAGCGUUGCCUUGGAUGUUAUGAAUGUGAUGUGGAUGGUCAAAAUUGCCAAAGGAUGCCAAAAAGUCAUUUGUUUUAUCGGACAGGAGGAAGCUAAAACUGCUAGAAAUGGCAAGUCUGACUAGAUGCGGUCUGCAGAGAAUGAGCUUUCUGCAGUGCACGUCGUGGGGGUUGAGUGGAACCGUGCACGUGUCUGCCAUGGAAUGCUCCUCUUACAGAAACAAGCUGUUACCUCUCUACUGACCUGACUCUCUCCCUAGUCACACUGCCUGCACACCCAGGGCCACGCUCUACGGAUCCUGUCCGCUGAGGAGCGACAGCGACAGCUCCCACCGCCGAGUUCCACCUGUCUGCUCCCAGCAGCUGCAAGGUACCGAAAGGAGACAUCAGCAGACUGGUUCCUUGCUUCUUGUCCCCCAGUGUGCUCCGAGUGCCUCACUCAGGUUUCUCAGAGUAAAGUGUUUUAUACACCCGGUGAAUUCCAACGCCACUCUUUUUUUUGUAGAAGACAAGAGACCUCCCCAGGUUUCUGAGACGGUGCAGUUUUCCUGGUACGUUUCUAUCCUUUCUUCUAGGAGUAAGAAUAAUAAUAAUAAAAA